UUUUCUUCCCUUUCUUUCUUGGGCCCUCUCCCUCUCCCCUUUCUAUCCCCUUUUCCGCGUACAAUUUUUUUUUUGACUUGUUGUCACAAUCGAUACCAUCACAAUCGACACUGUCACGAGUGAUAAGGAAAUAAUCGCGCACACGUGCCACUUUCGAUGAUAUUUACUGUUGAUGGAUGCUACGCGUCCACAAAUCUGGGGACCCGAGUCAUGAUUCUUGUUGAUCGGAUACCCUGUCCAUUGGUUUCAUUUCUCUGAAAGAAAAAAUUGGAAAAAUAAAUUCACGAGGAACGUUUCUUACACCCUUGGGAUGAGUUUAACGAAAUAAAAAAUUUUCAAUUGUCUCAGAUUUGAGAUGAAUAUGAUGUACUGGAAGAAUGCGAUAGAAAGUUCACUGAAAUUCUUUUGAAUCGAAAUUACAUGUUGAAUAUUAUAUCGUGAAGAUAUUUGCAUAAAUGAUCCAAAGGAAUUCAAUUAACUAGAUUGACGAAAUAAAAAGUUGAGCAUCGAGAUUGUCGUUAAAUUAAUUUAACAAAUGUUUGGAGAAAUUGUGGAAGAAAUAAUUUGUGCCAAUAAUAAUAAUAGUGAUUUUCGAUUAUUUUUGAGAGAACCGUGCGCAAAAAUCAACGAAUCGCUGGUUCGAAAAACCGCAAAAUGGCGUAAAACUAUCGUUGAAAAUAUAUAACUUUUUCAAAUCGUGCAAAUUUCUCGAUUCGAGUGUGAACGAAUAAUGUGAAAAAUUAAAAUUUCGUGAUGAGCUGAAAUGGAAUUCAUGCAACGAACAAUACAUUAGCAAAUAAUGCAAAUUAUUUUAUUGAUUGAAUUGAAUUUACAAAUAGUGGUUUUCAAUAAUAGCCAAUAGAUGAGUGCAAGUUGUAGAAUAUGAAAUUGCGAAUAUUUAUUAAGGAAGAUAUGUGCAAUUAUGAACUAACGCUUGAUCGGUGAAAAGGGACCAAAAGUGUAUAUUCUUUCAAUGUAACAAUAAUUUGAUAUAAAAAGUAACGAAAAAAAUUUAACAAAAUUAUUCGGAAAUAAAAUUAAUCUAUUGGGUUAAUUCAAUAUUUAUAAUAAUUGAAAUCAAUCAAUUCAAUCGGUCCAAAAAAUAAUAUAUAUAUAUACAUAUGUAUAGUUUUUCGUAAAUUGCAUAUUAUUCAACAGGCAAAUCCAUCAUCUUAAAACUGUAAACAGUGAUUUUUAUUUUAUUUUGUGACUCGAGUGACUUCUUUAAAAAAAGAAAAGAAACCAAAAAAAACCGUCGAAGUGUUGGUUCAAGCGUCGAGAUCUCGAGUCUUUAGUGAAAUUCUGUAUAAAAAAGUAAGUACGGCCGACGGUCGUACUUGGCAGUAAGGCUUCAAGAUUGCUCGAAAAUCGUCGAGAGAGGUGCGCAGGGCAGGAAGAGCGAUGGAAAUCGGGGGUGCAGCGAUGCAAAGGAUGGCCGCUACCGGAGGGCCCGGGCCUCUCAGCCUUCAGGGUCCUCCAAGGUCAGUGAAAAUCUCACCCGUUAAUAUACAAGAUGAACCCGGUGACCUUACUUCUCAAAAAAGCACAAGUUCGCAUUGCGUAGGAUGUGGUGGUCGAAUUCAUGAUCAAUGGAUUUUGCGAGUGGCACCGAAUCUGGAAUGGCACGCUGCUUGUUUGAAAUGUGCGGAAUGUCAGCAAUUUUUGGACGAGCACUGUACCUGCUUCGUACGAGAUGGAAAAACUUAUUGCAAGCGAGAUUAUGUCAGAUUGUUCGGGACAAAAUGCGACAAGUGCAGUGAGUGCUUUAGCAAGGAUGACUACGUAAUGAGGGCAAGGAGCAAGAUUUAUCACAUAAAGUGCUUCCGAUGUUCAGCCUGCAUGAGACAGUUAGUGCCUGGCGAUGAAUUUGCCUUGAGACAGGAUGGCCUGUUCUGCAGACAUGACCACGACGUUCUCGAAGGCGGAAAGCUCUGCUCUGGACCUGGAGGUGUUCCUGGAAGUGAAAACAACAACAAUGCAUCCCUUAUGAAUAAUAAUCAUCAUCUGCAUCCCAACGAUGGUUCAAUAUCAGACUCCGGAUCUGAGAGUGGAUCUCACAAAGCUGGUAUGGGUAGUACUCGAGGAUCGGGCAGCCAUAAAAGCGGCGGCGGUUCUGACGGAAAACCAACCAGAGUUCGCACCGUUCUAAAUGAGAAACAACUUCAUACUUUGAGGACUUGCUAUGCCGCGAAUCCGCGACCGGAUGCGUUGAUGAAAGAACAAUUAGUCGAGAUGACAGGUUUAAGUCCACGAGUAAUCAGAGUAUGGUUCCAGAACAAACGGUGCAAAGAUAAAAAGAAAACGAUUGCCAUGAAACAACAAAUGCAAGAAAAGGAUGGCCGUAAAUUAGGCUUUGGUGGAAUGCAUGGCAUUCCUAUGGUGGCCAGUAGUCCUGUAAGACACGAGAGUUCUAUAGGAAUGACGCCAUUGGAAGUGCAAGCUUAUCAACCACCAUGGAAAGCUCUUUCAGAUUUCGCUCUGCACACUGAUUUAGACAGGCUAGAUCCUAACACUCCUUCUUUCCAUCAUCUGGUAUCGCAGAUGCAUGGUUAUGAUCUUCACAGCGGACCACCACAAUUACCUCCACCGGGAAUGCUCGGUGGACCAAUGAAUGAUGGUGGAGGUGGUGGAGGUGGAUCUCUACCACCCCCUGGUCCACAUCAUCCCAGUGGUGGUGGUCCAGACAUGAGUCAACAUCCCGACAGCACAGAUAGCUAUGUAACUUAUCUCGAAAGUGACAGUGACUCUCUUCAUCAUGAUACAGGAAGUCCAUAGUGUUGUGCAGUGUGGCCAGAACGAAAGUGUCCGCUUUCUUCGUGGUCCAUUUUCAAUAAGUGCUUAAAGAGAAUUGUAGUCUGUGAGAACAAAUAGAGUGAUUGUAAAUGGCUGGAAACGAAACAUAAAAUUUGGUUGAAAAAUUAUUUUUG